AUGGCCUUGGGAAACCACAGCACCAUGAUGGAAUCUAUCCUCCUCGGGCUCUCUAGUGAUCCCCAUACCCAGGCUCUGCUCUUCGUGCUGUUCCUGCUGGUUUACCUCCUGACCUUGACAGGAAACAUGACAAUGAGGUGGGUAAUCAGGGCUGAUUCUCAUCUUCACACCCCCAUGUACUACUUCCUGAGUCACCUCUCCUUCUUAGACCUCUGUUUCUCCUCUGUUACUGUGCCGAAGAUGUUGGAAAACCUCCUUUCUAAAAGGAAAACCAUCUCCGUAGAGAGCUGUCUGGCUCAGGCUUUCUUUGUGUUUAUCACUGCAGGGACUGAAGCCCUCUACUCUGUCAUGGCCUAUGGCCGCUGUGUCGCCAUCUGCCAACCACUACUCUACGGCCAGGAGAUGAGUGAACAGCGGUACGCACUGCUUGUGUGGGGUUCAUGGAGCCUGGGCAUUCUGAACACACUCAUCAGUGCCCCUCUGGCAACGAAAAUGGGCUCCUGUGAUACCCAUAUCAUUCCACACUAUAGUUGUGAACUGCCCUCACUCUUCCUUCUCUCUUGCUCAGAUGCUUCCACCAACCUCAUUGCCAUGCUCUGGUCCCUCAGCCCGCAUGGCGUUGUAACUUCCCUCUCCAUCUUCUUCUCUUGCGCCUGCAUAGUCUCCACCAUCCUGAGCAUCACCUCUACCUCUGGCAGAAGCAAAGCUUUUUCUAUGUGCUCCUCCCGCCUCACCACAGUAAUCUUGUUCUCUGGUUCAGGUUUUCUCCAUUAUUUCACGCCAAUGUCAGGAUCCUCUCUGGAGCUGGUCUUCUCUGUGCUGUACAGCAUAGUCAUUCCCAUGCUGAAUCCUCUCAUCUACAGCCUAAGGAACAAGGAGGUGAAAGCAGCUCUACACAGAACACUGGGAAAGUAUUUACAAUGUUUUUGA